AUGCGUGUCUCGGCGCUUCUGACUUCCUUGGGGAUAAAUUCCACUCUAUGCGUUCUGUUCUUCACUUUGUAUUCUGUGUUGAGGAAGCAACCUGGCUACUACAAAGUUUACAUUCCGCGGCUUCUGGCUCAAGGGAGUUCUCGACGAGAAGGUCGGUUCAAACUAGGAAGGCUCAUACCGUCCCCUGGUUGGCUGGCUAGAGCUUGGAGGCUAUCUGAAGAGGAUAUAUUAUCAUCUAAUGGAUUGGAUGCUUUGGUAUUUAUGCGAGCUAUAACUUUCUGUUUGAAAGUAUUUGCUUUUGCUGGAGUAAUAGGGAUCUUUGUUCUUCUUCCAGUGAAUAGCAUGGGCACUCAACUUCAUGAAAUCGACUUCACUGAUAUAGCAAACAACUCUUUGGAUGUUUUUACGAUUUCAAAUGUAAAUGAUGGAUCAGAAAGGUUGUGGAUUCAUUUCGCUGCUGUCUACACCGUAACAAUAUUCGUAUGUGGUCUUCUUUUUACUGAAUACAAGUAUAUAUCAUCAAAGAGGAUUGCCUUUUUUCAUUCUUCGGAUCCUCAGCCUCAUCAGUUCACCAUCUUAGUGAGCAAUAUCCCUGCAUCGAGUGAUAUCAGCAUUGGCGAGAGCGUUGAAAGAUUCUUCAGAGAGAAUCACCCUGCUACAUAUCUUUCGCACGUGGUUAUUCGACGAACACGCAAAAUUCGAAAUCUUACUAAUGAAGCGAAGAAUCUAUAUAAAAGGGUUACUCACUCACGAGCCGGAUCACUGCAAGAUAAGCACACAAUAUUCUCAGAGAAGGUUGAUCUUGAUCGUUAUGAGAAGCGGUUAGAAGACAUUCGGCAACACGUCAGACUAGAACAAUCAGAUAUAUCGAUGUCUAAAGAUACUCGAGCAGCUUUUGUAUCUUUUCGGACUCGAUAUGGUGCUGCCAUUGCUCUCCAUUUGCAACAAGCUGUCAACCCCUUACAUUGGAUUACUGAAGAAGCUCCUGCCCCUAAAGAUGUUUAUUGGCCUUUCUUCUCAUCAACGUUCAUGCAAAGAUGGACAUCUAAGCUCGUUAUCGUGGUUGUCUGUGUUCUCCUUACAAUUCUCUUCCUUAUUCCUGUGAUAAUAGUACAAGGUCUUACAAACCUAAGUCAGUUGGAGGCUUGGUUUCCAUUCCUGAAGAAUAUUCUAUCCAAGACAUUCGUUAGCCAAAUAGUUACAGGAUAUCUUCCCAGUCUAAUCCUGCAGUUGUUUCUAAAGAUUGUACCUCCUAUCAUGAGAUUCCUUUCUUCGAUCCAAGGAUAUAUUUCUCUCAGUGAGAUUGAGAAGAGUGCAUGCAACAAAGGAAUUUGGUUCACAGUUUGGAAUGUCUUCUUUGCAACUGUGUUUUCUGGGUCAGUUUUUUAUCAGCUUUCCAUUGUCCUCGACCCCAAAAGCCUUCCUGAAAAGCUGGGUAUUUCUGUUCCAGCUCAGGCAUCAUUUUUCAUUGCUUAUGUCGUCACAACUGGAUGGACAAGCGUAGCAUCAGAACUUUUUCGCGUAAUUCCAUUCGUUGGCAGUCUUAUUGCCAAGUGUUUGGGAAGUACAGAUGAUGAUGAGGAUGUUGAAGCUCCCUCUAUCUGUUUUCAUAGAGACUUUCCGAGGAUGCUCUUCUUCGGACUGCUUGGAAUUGCGUAUUUCUUCCUAGCCCCGCUGAUUCUACCUUUCCUCCUGGUGUAUUUUUGCAUGGUAUACUUCAUCUUCCGCAACCAGUUCAUACAUGUGUACGCGCCCAAGUACGAAACUGGUGGGAGGUUUUGGCCAAUGGUACACGACACCAUGAUCUUCUCCCUGGUUCUCAUGCACGCAAUUGCAGUCGGAAUCUUUACGCUGAAGAAGCUGUCUUGGGCAUCCACCUUAGUGUUCCCACUUCCCGCCAUCACGCUCCUCUUCAACGAGUACUGUAGGAAGCGCUUCCUGCCGGUCUUCAGAGCUUACCCUGCAGAGGUUUUGAUCAGGAAGGACAGAGCAGACUGGAACCAGGGUUUAAUGACUCGGUUUUAUGGUAACUUGGUCACUGCCUAUGAGGACCCAGCUAUGGUUCCGAUUAGUUAUUCCCGUAAUCCAGACAGUCUUGACCUUCCUCUUCUAUCUCCUGUUUCAAUUUGA